AUGUCUUCUAUUACGGAAUCAUCACAAGUUAAUAGUCUUCCUAACAAAACUAAUGAUGAAGAAGAGGAUUUAUUUGCAGUUUCCUCCUUAGAACAAAGAACUGUAAGUCCAGAGUUGUUCCUUUAUAGUGAAUUGGUUAAUACUCACAUUGGGGAAAGGGCUAAACUAGUGAUUGAACUGUUGAUUGAUAAAGGUCGACUAACUGUUCGUGAAAUUUAUGACAGAUUAAAUCAAUUUAGACCAAAAGUAAUCAAAUCAAUCUUGGUUUCUUUGAUCCAAUUAAGAUGUGUAAGAUAUCAUACAGAAAGAGACUUUAAAGGUAAAUCUAACACCUAUUACUAUUUUAAUGAAGAAGGUCCAUUGUUAUGGUUAUAUUCUGGGUUGAUCUUGGAAGAAAUCGAUUUACAAUUUAAUUCCACAAUUGCUACUCAAAUCGUUCAAAAUAUUUUAUCUCUAGGCUCUUUAACACCAAAUGAUUUGCAAUCUAUUACUACUAAUCAAAAAAAUAUAACUAAAUCUAAAUUAUCUACAGUCUUGGUUAAAUUGGUAGAAUCAGGGUUUCUGGUGAGGGUUUCUGAUUUACAUUAUAUCCCAAUGAAUGAUUUUUGGAAUACUUUAUAUCAAAAAGAAUAUGCCUCCAUACCACGAAAUUCACCAUUAUCUGAUUUAAGGAAAAAAGCUGAAGCUAAAAAUAAAGCUAAAGUUCAAUUCCUAACAAAAUUAAAAGAAGUGUAUGAAUUUAAGGAUUUAAUUACAAUUGAUCCAAGGACUUCAAUGAGAAAAAUUAAGGACUCCAUCCCAUUAACUUUUAAUUUAGAAAGAUUUUUAAAAUCAAGAAGAAGCAAACAAUUAGUUCAACUUGCAAAAUCAAGAUGUGGUUCAUAUCCAUCUUUAAUUUAUAAUGUAGCAUUAAAGAUAACAGAACAAAGCUCUAUUCUUACUGUUGAUCCCUUAACAAAGACGGGCCUUUUACAAGAGUUGACUGAAGCUGAGGCAAUGCUAGCCGAUAGAGAACAAGAUGAAUCUAAAAGUGGUAUGUUUAAUGCAAUGGAUAUUGCUAAAUAUCUACCCAAAUCAAUCGAUUUAAGAAACUCCUUAGCUUUUUCAAUCCCAUCUAAAAAUAAAAGAAAAAGAGAUAACUCUGAACCUAAAUCUGUUAAAAAAAUUAAACUGAAGAUGGGUUUGCCAUCCCUCAAAUUCCCAAGAGUAACUAUUCAAAUGAAUGAACAUGCCCACGAAGAUAAUGGAGAAAUGGAUGGGAAUGAAGACCAAGAUCUUGAUGACGAUAUUGACUUGGAUAUGGAUGAUAAUGAUGAUGAUGAUGAUCCACACUCCAUCUCAAUGGUUAACAGUCUACUAAAAAUGUUAGCAAAUUCAGAAGUUCCAUUUUUACAAGAAUCAAAACCAGGUGUUUAUUAUAUACCAUACACAAAACUUUUACCAAAAUUAAAAUCGUUUGUCUAUGAUUAUUUGAUUGCAUCAACUUUAGGUCCUUCAGCUGUACGUAUUCGUCGUUGUGUUAUUGAUAAUCAUUUAGUUACUGAAAAAGUCAUCAAUAGUAAAGCUUUAAUGAAGGAAAGCGAUAUUAGAUCUACCGUUGGCGAAUUGAUUAAAUAUAAUGCAUUAGAAGUCCAAGAAGUUCCAAGAACAAACGAUAGAGCUGCUGCACGUUCUGUAUUCUUAUUCAGAUUUAAAGAAAAACAUUCCUAUGAUUUCAUGAAACAAAAUAUUGCUUGGAAUAUUGCUAAUUUAUUAUAUAAAAAUUAUUCUUUAAAACAAGAAAAUUCGACACUUUUAACAAAAGCCAAUAGAGAGGAUGUUAAGGGAAGGGAAGCUGAAUUACUUUUACCCAGUGAAUUAAAUCAACUUAAGAUGGUAAAUGAACGUGAAUUAAAUGUCUAUGCUCGAAUUACUAGACUUCUUUCAUUAUGGGAAGUUUACAAAUUUCUAUAA